AUGCGCUCGAUCGCGUUCGUCGCGGUCGCUGUUUCGACGGCGGCAGUGAUCGCCUCAGCGAUCACCACUCCUAUGCUGUACAGCUACGUGCAGACCCUCCAAAGUCAGGUCAACGCCGAAACUGACUUCUGCCGAAUGCGUUCUCGUGACAUGCUCGUCAGCAUGUACCAGAUGGCUCCUAAAGGCCGUGCUAAGAGAGGAUGGUUGUUCGGACAAUGGGUACCUGAUGGUGGAGCUGGCGGUGGCGCUGAAUAUGGCGGUGCUCCUGAGCAAUACGCUCCAGCUCCCCCACCAAGCAACGGUUACGGCCCUGUUGUCAACGCCGAACCCGAGCCACAAUGCUGCACUUGCCAGCAGGGACCCGUCGGACCCGCUGGGCCUCCUGGAGAUGAUGGAAAGGAUGGAAACGAUGGUGCCCAAGGAGAUGAUGCUAAGGAUGGACGUGAUGGUGGAAUUGAGGGCUCCGAUGGACUCCAGUCCGAGCCAUGCGUCAUCUGCCCACCUGGACCACCUGGACCCCCAGGAAACGCUGGUGCCAAGGGACCACAAGGACCUCGUGGAACCCCUGGACUUUCUGGAAUUGAUGGACGUCGUGGAGAGCCCGGUAUGGUUGGACCAGCCGGACCCGGAGGAGAGCCCGGAGUUCCUGGACCAAAAGGAAAGAAGGGAGAAGAUGGACAUGUCAUCAACGUCAACGGACCACCAGGACCACCUGGACCUCCUGGUCCUAAGGGCCGUAAGGGUGAACGUGGACCUAAGGGACGUGUCGGAGCCGUCAUUCCCGGACCCCAGGGACCACCUGGAGACCAAGGAAAGAAGGGCCGUUCAGGUCGCAAGGGAGAGAACGGUGGCCCCGGAGGACUUGGAUCAAAGGGAGCCGAUGGAGAUUGCUUCCACUGCCCCACUCCUCGCACUCCACCUGGCUAUUGA